UACCAGAACCUAACACCCAAAUGCUGGCAGUUCAGAAUGCAAAAGCCUAUUUGCAGAAGAGCAGCACAGCAUCCGGCCUGAACCUAUAUGAUCAUCUUUCUAACAUGCUAACAAAGAUCCUGGAUGAACAGCCCAGAAACGUAGUAGACAUAAUUGAGAAUAUCAGCAAGGAUGUGAAGUGGUCCCAGUUUCAGAAAAAAAUGGAUACUCUCCGUGAUGAGCAUGAGAUUCUUCCAACAUUUGAAGUUGCAGAAAAGCGUAAAGCUUUGUUCCUUAAGGCACAUGGAGAAGGAGACGAAGAGCUAGAAGACGAGAUAGCAGACACCCCUCUACCCAAUGUGAUGGAAACAGCCUUUUAUUUUGAACAGGCUGGAAUUGGCUUGAGCAAAGAUGAAACCUAUCACAUAUUCCUUGCCCUUAAACAACUAAUUAGUGUUCAGCCAAUCCAGACCUGUCGUUUUUGGGGCAAGAUUUUAGGCCUGGAGAUGAACUAUAUUAUAGCUGAAGUACAGUACCAUGACAGAGCAGAUGACGAGGAAGCAGAAGAGGAAGAAGACAAUGAGGAAGGAGGGAAAGGGAUGGAUGAGGAAAAAGAAGCAGAUGAAGAUGAAGAGAAAGAAGAGGAUGAUGAACCACCACAAUCCACCUAUAAGCCCCCACCUCUGAUCCCAAAAGAAGACACGGGCACUGGGACUAAUAAAUACAUCUACUUUGUCUGUAACGAGCCAGGCAAACCCUGGGUGAAGUUGCCUCCGGUGACUCCGGCACAGAUUGUCUGUGCCAGGAAGAUCAAAAAGUUCUUCACUGGCAGGCUGGAUGCUCCUGUUCAAUUUGGAGAGGAAGAAGGAGAUGAAGAGGAAGAGGGGAUAGGAGGAAGAGAUACAUAUGAAGAAAACCCUGAUUUUCAGCCUCUUUCUGUGGUAGAGAUGGUGGAUUCUCUCUCCAUGUGGGUACACCAUACGCAGCAUAUUCUAAAGCAGGGUCGCUGUGUUUGGCUUAAUCCUCUCCAAAAAUCAGAGGAAGAAGAAGAAGGUGAAGAGGAGGAAAAACCAGAGGAGCCAGAAGAAAUACAACAAGAAAUAGGACCUCCUCUUCUCACUCCUAUCUCUGAAGAUGAAGGAAUUCACAAUAUCCCUGCUUGGACAGCUCAGUUUUCCACAAACCUGGUGCCUCAAUAUGCUGUUGCAAUCCUUCAGUCUAAUCGAUGGCCUGGAGCAUACACCUUUGCAUCUGGCAGGAGAUUUGACAAUAUCUACCUUGGCUGGGGUCACAAAUACAGUCCAGAAAACCACACACCCUCGCUGCCUCCGCCAGUGCAAACAGAGUAUCCUAGCGGGCCGGAGAUCACCGAGACAAACGACCCCAGUGUGGAGGAGGAACAAGCUCUCCAGGCUGCGCAGGAAGAAGCCUUAGCUGCAGCUGAGGAAGAGGAAGAGGAGGAGGAAGAGGAUGAGGAUGAUGAGGAAGAGGAUGAUUGA